GGGAGCAAUUUUAACGUGUCUCUCAUGCCUUACGUAGUUACCAUGAGUCUCUCUCUCUUUGUUUCUCUCACAACCUUCAUUCAUAAAUAAAAAACCCAAUCAAUCAAUCGACCUGUUUUCACCAUUCCAUCAUCGCCACCGACCCUAACCGAACAAACCUCCGAUCCCCAGCCAUGGCGAAGAAGCGAAAAUCCACAGCCACAAGUCUCGACGAAGUCGAUCGAACCAUGUAUGCUUCCUUUUCCACCGCUGCUAAUUCUCUUUCCCAAUUAUACACUCACGCCAUGAAUCACCAGAAACUCUCCUUCCAUGCUGGACAACGCAACGCUCUCGAAAAACUUUAUCAGUGGAUUUGGAGACAAGAAGAAGGAGGGUCUAGGGUUGGAACAGUUGAUGUACUUAACUACAUUCAGAAUGAGUUGGAUUAUAAUGAAGAGCCAUCAAUGUCACCUAGAGCUCCUCCGCAACAGCAGCAGCCACAACCAAUGAUGCCUGUCACCAGUUCAGGCUUUCCAGUCACUUCAGGAUCUUCUGGCCAAACAGUACCUGGGCAAGGACUCCGCUCCGAAUACAGUGAAAAUCAACCAAAGAACAUUGUAUUUUCAAAUGCAUUAUCGAGCCCUGUCCGUCGAAGUCUUCAGCUUUAUCAAAUUGGCGAGGAAGGUGGAUUCUCCGUUGGAAACGGAAAUCCCAGCUUUCUUCACAAUCAAGGCAGGGAUUCAAAUUCCAAUAAUGAUUCUGCAAUGGAUAUGCAUGCAGACUAGUCCUGUUCCUGCCUAUUAGUUUGACAACUGGAAAUUCUUAGCUGAUCAGGCUUCUGCAAAAGUUGCAAAAAAGCCAACAGCCAUUACAAUUCCUUCUCUGGAUCAUGCAAGAAAUUACAAGAGGGUGGAGCCAAUUCUUGUUACAUUUUUGGUGUAUGCUUAUGUCAACCGAGCGAUUGGUGUGGAGUCUAAUGUGUUCUCUGUAAAGUUUUUCAAAGCAUUUUAUUUUGAACCUUAACAGUGCAGGGGUUGCUUCUCCAAGAAGUUUCCCAUGUAAAUCUGUAUUUUCCGCAGAUUUUAUUAAUAUGGCAAUUUACGGUUGUUGUUUAUGCCUGUUUUGUUCUUCAAGGGGUCAUUUGCGGAAAGAUUAAUGUCUUUUAUUUCGCCUCAACUUUUUAUGUUAAAUAUAUUUUUCACGUUA